ACAUGUAACAGAUGCGUUGCUAACACUGAAAUAUGUGUCUCCUAUGAGAUGUGAAGUGUGAGCGGCGGCUAAUUGGACAUUAGUUGUGUGACAGCAGGGAAACUGUCCGACUCUUAAAUGCACCAACAGCCGUCUGUAUUUGUAGACGCUGCUUUUAGCAAGGUUCGCUAAAGUUAGCUUUCAUUGGGAGUUUAACACAGUGAGCCCAGUUCACAUGUACUAUUCAAACCACCGUAUGCACUCAUCUUUUCUCUUUUCACUGCGGUAUGCGGUCAGUUAGGACCGUACCCUUAGCGAAUAUUUUAAAUCUACAGGAUUUAAAGCUUGUUGUUUGCUAAUGAAACGUUCUCUGAAGCGGGUUCUUCAUCAUGUUUACUCGGUGUGUAAGAAACAUCCUGUCUAGAAGUGCAUUCACUGUGACGCUGAAGCAGCACAGCUGGAGACGCUGCAGCACAUCCCAGACUGAGACUGUGGACCAGGUCAUUACGUUAUUGCAGCUCUGCGUGGACAGGUUCUUCGUUUCUCCUGGUCACGCUAACGUGGAGCUGUUUCAGCGCGGGCUGUGCUGCAGCUAUGGACCUCUGGGCAUGGAGCUCAGGAGAAACCUGCUGGACCAGUGGUGGCAUUCAGUGACUAGGUCCGGAGCUCAGGUUUUUGGGAUUAACACCCUGAGCAGCAGCAGCAGGGAAGCACCUACAGGUGGACAGGGCCAGCUGAGGAUUGUUGAAUGUGAACAGCUGAAACAGAGACUUGAGCAGAAGGAGCUAAGCAAGGAGCGGCUCGCUGAGGAGGUGCACAUGCUCCUGCAGAGGUCCCCAAGUAUGAGAACAAACUUACUGCAAGGUGCCUUGGAGCAGUUUGUCCCCUCAUUAGGGCUGGUGAACAGGAAGCUGCCGUUUGGUCUGGCUGAGACGGGUCUGUGCUUCCAGCCUGCAGAAGGCUCUGGUUGCUCAGGUGAGGUCACGCAAACAUCUCUAGUGUGGUUUUGCUCUCCUCGCACAUCGUCCCAGUGGCUGGACCACUGGACACGACAGAGGCUGAAGUGGUGGAGAAAAUUUGCCCUCUCCCCGUCUGACUUCAUCAGCAAUGAAGUCCAGCAUUGCUGGCUCGAACAGGCGGCAUCUCGCGGUGUGAGGAUCAUCUACAACUUCCCGUGGGGUCAGGAGGUCCUGGAGACACUGUGGAGUCGAGGAGAUGCCGAGCUGCUGCACAUACACAAAGGAGACCGGUCCAAACUGCAGCAUCGAGAUGGACGAAGGUCUAUUCCUCAUGUCGUCUCCAUUACCGCAAACAUGGACCGUGGUGCGAUGGCGUUUCUGUCCAACUCACUCCAGCAGCUGAAGAGAGAAGAGAGCAAGCAAAAGCUGCACCAGAGAAAGGUCCUGAAGCUGCAUCCAGUGUUGGUUCCCAUUAAAGUGGCUUUAAAUAUUGGUAGAGGAGCCACUGUGGAGCUGAGGCAGAUUUGUGAAGGCCUUCUGCAGGAGUUCCUGGAAGCUAAGAUCUCUGUGUGGCCUGGAUAUCUUGAAACUCUGCCAGCAUCAAUGGAGCAGCUGAAUGCCAAAUACGAUGAGAUGGGCGUUCUUUUCACCAUCAUCAUCGGUGAGAACACGUUGGAAAGUGGCCUUCUUCAGGUCCGCAGCAGAGACACAACCAUCAAAGAGACCAUGCACAUCUCGGAGAUCAAAAACUUUCUAUUCAGAUACAUUUCUGCAGCUGACAAUAUCUGAAUGCCCCUGCUGUUUUUUCGAACACAUGCCUGAGUUUGCAUUCCUUUUAAAAACAAAAUGAUGGUCAGGGACAUGCUUGUGAAACAUAUUUCCUCAGAGCGGUCCAAAAAUAAGAGACUUUUUGGGAUAGAGGUGCACAUGAACCCACUGUGUGUAUACAUGUACCCCAAGAGUUUGUAUUCUUAACUUUGCUAACUCAGCUCUUACUGAUCCUACAGUCUCUUCUCAGCACAUUCAAGGCACUGACAUGGCUAUAUCAGGUUUAUUUAUCUGUGUGUAAUUGGUGGCUACAUAGUGGUCACAGAGGAGGAAGCUUUUGGAUUUCUCUCUACAUUUCUAUUAAAAGAUAUGGAAUCCCUCUUUAAUAUUUAUAUUGUAUUGUUUUU